AUGUGGUUCCCCCUCUCUCGCAUCGCCAUCACGGCUAGCGUACUCGCCACGGCCACCGCGCUCUCCGCACACGACAUCCCCACCGACCUCCCAGUCGCCUCGUUGCUGAGCAAUGCGCAGACGCACCUAGCCAAGGGCGAGACCAGCGAGGCCAUCCUCUACUACGACGCCGCCAUCGCAAGAGACCCCGGGAACUACCUGACCCUUUUCAAGCGCGCGACCGCCUUCCUGUCCCUCGGCCGGGCCCACCAAGCGACCGAUGACUUCAACAAGGUGCUAGCCCUCAAACCCGGCUUCCACGGCGCUCACGUCCAGCUGGCCAAGAUCAAGUCGCGGGUCGCGGACUGGCAAGGUGCCAAGGCCGACUACGUCGCGGCGGACAAGGCUAGCGGUUCACCUGAGCUUGUUGAGCUGGCUGAGGCUGAGAGUGCUGCCGCUGUGGCGGUAGAGGCUUCCAAGAACCAGAACUGGGAUGAUUGCGUCAACCACGCCGGUACCGCCAUUGUCGUAGCUUCAAGAUCCCUGGCUCUGCGCGAACUCCGUUCCAGCUGCCGCUUCGCGCGCGGCGAGAUUGAGGAGGGCAUCAAUGACUUGCAGCAUGUUCUGCACUUGAGGCCCGGCGACGUUUCACCCCAUAUCCUCAUCUCUGCCACGAGCUUUUACGCCCUCGGUGACAUGGACAAUGGCCUGUCACAGGUCCGCAAGUGCCUCCAUUCGGACCCGGACUCCAAGCUCUGCAAGAAACUUCACAAGCAACAAAAGGCGUUCCAAAAGGGCAUGAACCGGGCCCUGGGGCAGCUCAACAGAGGCCAGACAACGACCGCUGGACGGACGAUUAUUGGCACGGAGGAGCAAACAGGUCUGAUGGCGUUGCUCAAGGAGCAAUUAGAAGCGUUGAAGCAGGCUGGCUCUAUUCCUGAAAAGGCCCCCUCACAGCUCUAUGGCAGGCUCAUCGAAAUGACAUGUCAUGCCUACUUAGAGGGAAAUCAUAAAAACGUCGAUAAAUACUGCGAGGAAGCUCUUGAGCUCAACGGGGAGUCAUUCUGGGGCAUGCUCUACCAAGCAAAGGCUCUACUAAAGAAGGAAGAAUUCGAAGCCGCGAUCAAGACCCUUCAGAGUGCCAGCGAGACACACCCCGACAAGCGCGACAAGAUCAACCCCGUCCUGGAAAGGGCUCAGAUCGCGCUGAAGCGCAGCAAGACCAAGGACUACUACAAGGUCCUCGGUGUGGCCAACGAUGCCGACGAGCGGCAGAUCAAGUCGGCCUACCGUAAGGCCUCGAAGCAGUUCCACCCGGAUAAGGCGCACAAGCUGGGCAUGUCCAAGGAGGAGGCCGAGAAGAAGAUGGCCGCCAUCAACGAGGCCUACGAGGUGCUGGGCGACCCCGAGCUCCGCGCCCGUUUCGACCGUGGCGACGACCCCAAUUCUCAGGAGAGCGGGAACCCCUUCCAGGGCAACCCCUUUGGCGGCGGCGGCCACCCGUUCAUGUUCCAGCAAGGUGGCGGCCAGCAGCAUUUCAAGUUCGAGUUCCCCGGCGGUGGUGGUCCGUUUGGGUUCUAA